CUCUUCUCUCCACCUCCUCUUCUCCCGCUCCCGAUACUCGCAUUGUCCUGAUGCCCCAUCCCCGCCCUUCACGCAACCUCUAGCGAAUCCUCCACCGUCCGAUCCCCAUGGGCUCCGCCCCCGCGCUCCCGCACCCUCUCCUCACCCUCCCCGCGCCCUCUCUUCGCUCGCCGAGGCCACUACUCGCCAUCUCCUCUUCCUCCUCCGCUUCGACCCCCCGCCUCUCCGUCCCUAGGGCUCCGGCUCUAGGCUUCAGCUCCGCCGCCGCUCUGUCGCCGUUGAUUCGCCGCAGCAGGGACUCGACGGCGUCGAUCGCGCGCGCGAGCGCCGAGGACGGCCAGGCGGCGGCUGCGGCCGGAGAUGCUGACGUGGCGGCGGAGGCUGAAGAGGAGAGCGUGGAGAGCGAGGCCCAAGAGGAGGGUUCGAGUGUUCCCGAGGGUGGUGAUGCGGAGGAGAAGCCUCCUAGGAAACCUAGAGUUAAGCUCGGAGAGAUAAUGGGGAUUUUGAACAAGAGAGCAAUUGAAGCUGCACAGCAGGUGAAGGAAGUUCCGGAUAUCAGGACCGGGGAUAUUGUGGAGAUAAAAUUGGAAGUACCAGAGAAUAGGCGGCGGUUGUCCGUCUACAAGGGUAUAGUAAUAUCGAAGCAGAACGCUGGAAUCCAUACGACAAUUCGCAUUCGGAGAAUCAUCGCCGGCAUCGGCGUCGAAAUCGUAUUCCCUGUGUAUUCACCUAACAUCAAAGAGAUCAAAGUCGUCAACCACCGCAAAGUUAGGAGAGCAAGGCUGUACUAUUUGAGGGAUAAGCUUCCCCGCCUUUCUACCUUCAAGUAAAAUUAACCCCUCCCAAGCAGCAAUCGUUUCAAGAGUCUCAAAUUUACUUCUGCAGAAGCUUCUGACAUUUUCCAAAUCUAGGCUUGUUAUGGCUAUUUGCAUAUCCAUUUCCAACUCUCCUCUUUGGGAAAAUGUCUAUUUUAUGUUGUGUUCUAUCUUGUAUUAAGUUUGCAUGGCCGAAUAUGUUGUUCAUUAGCAAUUUCAAUCCUCAUGAAUGUGAAAAGAACUGUGUUUGGUAUAGUUCAGAGAAGCGAGAAGAAAAUUCUGUUUA